AUGUCCAACCAAUCCCCAACUAAGAAACAACUACACAACGCUAUACAGCCAACCCAAAUUCAAUAUGAAUACCAGGAUAAGCUAUCUACCAUUGGGAUGAGAAUCAGACAAGCCGUCGAUAACGGAUACAAAGGUGUUACCGUAGGUAGUAAUGGUGUUUCAGGUGCUGCUAGCAGCACAGGCAACGCUAUGGCAGCAGACAACAACGGUUCUGGGUUCUCUAACAUUUGUGUCCAGGAUAACACAAGGUUCACCAUUCCAGAAUAUAAGAGAGUGGCACUUACAAAACAAGCCCCAAUGUUGGUAAAUCAAAGAACCGUAUCUAUGAACUCCAACUUGGAACAGUGGGAACAAAACUUGGACCAAAGACUAUCGAGCAUAGAUGAUGAUAUUAUGAGAAACAAACUAGGUGCUAACGACUUCUUGUCAGGUGCAUCAAAGAGAUCUUUCGACGAUCUGGAGUUCUAA